UCGAACUUCUCGAAAUUAGUUGAUUUUUGAUCGCGAGAAUAUGGUCUUAUCGUCCAAAUGAUAUUGCUGGUGGUAAAUGUUAAAGAAAUGAAAAAAGCAGAUGAUGAAUUGUUUAGUCUUACCGAAAAGAAAAGGUUAAACGACGAUGGAGAAAGUCAAUCUAAAGCGGGAGUUGGUCAUCAUGAAGAAGAUUUCAUGGAAGAGGAAUUUGACGGAGAUUUCUGGAUUAAGGUCAAUAAAAAACAGAAUAAAGGAAUGUCAUGGAAUAGAGCAAUGGAUGAAGUUACUGCUGAAAAACUGAUUCGUAAGUUCAAAGACAAUGGGAAAUUGGACUCUGAAGAUCCAGCACUCUUGAUGUUGAAAAGAUGGCCAGCAUCUAAGCAAUACCAAGAGAAUCCUGAGAAACUUCCAGGACUUGAACAGCUGGUAAAUCGAUUGUUGGAAAUUCUGUUGGAAAGUGAACUGAACUCAGAUAACAGAUAUGGGAUGUUCAGAGAUGUGGAUGAUAAAGCAGGGAAGACAUUGCUGCACUAUGCUGCAGAACUUGGAUUUUUGUGUGUCACUAGAACUCUGUUGAAUAAAUUUCCAUUGCUUUUGACAGUGGAGACGAUAACACUGAAGAAAAAGCGAGCGCUGUUACCAGUUGACAUGGCAUUAAUAGCAGAGAAUGAUGAAGUGGCAGCAUAUUUGAUAAGAAUGAAGUGGCCUGACAGAGCCCUGAGUCUCUUUUCAUGGAAUCCAGGUAAUAUGACAAACCCUCAGCCGUCCCAUGUCAGUCUCAAAUCCAUUAUUGACAAUCCAAAGAUGAAGAAAACAGUGGUAGCUGUGUUAGAUCAGAUGGUGAUCCCGCACUGGCCGCAUCUUCCAAAACGUAAGGAGAGGUACGAGAGUGAAGAAGAGAAAGAGGCAAUUGAAGGGGUCUGGUGUACAAUGACUGAAAAUCCUUUGAAUUAUCAGUUUUGUUAUCAUGUACUGGAUGCUGAUGAGGGAGGACGACCUCCAAAGAUCAAUAUGUCAGCAGAGGAACAACAAGCAUAUAAUGAGUAUUUUAACUGGAGAGACAAGUCUUGUUUACAUGUGAUUGCAAAAAGCUAUAACAUGGAGGCACUGCAGCAUCCAGUGGUCAGAAUGUUGAUCGAAACAAAGUGGAGAAGCUACGGACACUGGUUUCUCUGCCUUCAAGCAGGAUUAUAUGUCAUCUUCUUGCUGUGCUUGUCAUAUUCUCUGCUGUAUGGUUCAACCAAACCAGACCCCACUCAGUACAGGGGCGGGGCAGAUUUCCUUCGUGGGCUUUGUGAGGUGGUCACCCUCUCUAUGGUAUUGUUUUAUAUCUACGAAGAAGUCAAUCAAAUGAGAUUGUAA